AACGGAGACCCGACGCAAGAUGCAGCCGUGCCUAAAUAAAAGUUGAAUAAUGACAGCCAUCCUCGCUGUCGUCUUUCAUUUCCACGGCCUCGUAUUUACACUUCACGUUUAUCGCUCGCCUGUAAUUCUCGCGCGGACGCCCACGGGCUUCUUUCCUUCAUGCGUGCAUAUGCAGUUUGAGUGAUUCUUGGCUCCGGUUGGUCCCCCCCUGCGCUGUCGGUCACGCGCGCACACGUGCACAUACGCACAUUCAUAGCAGAGAGCAUCACGAGAGGCAGAGGCAGCGUUCGCGGAAAAGGUUUGGCAAGGAGGGCGACGGGCUUUGACUUUGGAUGCUUAGUCACAAUUUGUUCUGACGGGAAGGUAAAGCAUGGAGCAGGUGGAGGAGGAACACUGAGCGGGGGAAGAUACUGGAGGAAAGCUGAGGGGUUACCGAUAUCCGGAGAAGACGAUGCUUGUUUGCCGCAGGCCCCAUCAUCGUGAAAUUGGAUACCGACUUGCGGCGGAUGGGGUGACCGAGCUCGCUGCUCCGCCGGGGAGGUUCCUGCCUUCGGACGGUACCGGGGUAGGAGCUGCCUGUGCCCGGUUCUAAGGAAGGAAGGAGUGGCAAGAGGGAAAAUGCAGACGGAGGAGGAGACGGCAACCGCUGAAGAGCCCAUUUUGGAGGAAGGGUCAGGACGAGAGCAGGUAAGAAGGGCAUUUUUAAAACUGUAUUUUUCUGACCAGUACACGGUUGUUGAUGCUGGCACAGAUAGAGUCCCGUUCGCGUAAAGUUGCGCAUAAUCUGCCCUCCACAGGAAACACUUAUGUUUGUGUGUCAUUGCUGGUCGUACUAAACGUCCCAUCAUUUCCCCGACAUGUAACACAAAUGUAGGAUAUGCCAACUGUCAGGCUUUCAUUGACCUAAACUGUCUUUGCUGUGUUUGAUGCUCAAAAGUCACGUUUCGCUCCGAAGUCCUUCAUACCUCGUAAAAGAGCAAGGACACGCUGCAGGACCUUGGCUCUGAUAUGAAUGGGCACGAGGCUGUGGUCCAGAUAAACAGAGGGGGUAAGGAAGUCUAAAUGCCUGCCUAGAAAGAAAGAAAGCCACACUAUUAGUGUGAUAUGUCUGACAGCAUUGUGUGAUUUGUUCUUGAGGGAUGGAUAAGUCUUUUUUUCUGUAUAGUAGAGUGUCCAUCCAGCAGCUGACACCUCUAAAAUACACUAGAGGGUGACAUCACAGUUAAGCCACACACCCAGCUGUCUGCCAAAAUACUCAGACACAUUGUGAGGAGGCAGAAUAACACAUCCAAACAGUUCAUGUAUGAUCUGUGAACAGGGUUUUACCAUCAAGAUUAAAACACUUUGUAUGUUUUCUGUUCGAUAUGUCAGUAGUUGUUAUCCUCUUUGGCAGGUAUUUUCAACCUUUCACAUCUCUCUGCAGGGACAUCAAUCAUACAGACUCCUGUAAAGACAAUGACAUCCAGUCUGAAGUCCUUGUUCACAUGUCUCGUGUAAAACUAUGAAUUUGAGGAGCUGUUUCUGAGACACUUUUCAGUUCACACUCUCCCUGACCUUCCACCACGGCUUGUGAAUUCUCCACCUCUUCUUCAACUUGUCUGUUACUCCAGAGAAAUAGCUUCAUUUAGACAAACGUCAUCUUUAAAAUGAGAAACUGAGAGAGCUAUGCAUAAUAAAACACCAACUUAGUCAGCUGCCAGGAACAAAUACCUAUGGAUAACUAAGGAUGUGGGCAGGCUUUAUUCUCAUCACCAUUCCCAGUAGAAGCUACUUAACAUGAUGAUGGUCCACAGAGGAAGAGCAAAGUUGUGUGUGAAUGUGGUGUAAUGGUAGGCUAUAUCAGGCUGAAAGGCUAUACUGCUGAGGAGGAAAUGACUUAGUCUUUCGCAGUGCACCGUCUUUGUCUCACUUUCAGACUUUGUAAUGGGCUUUAGAAAGAGGCAAAUCUUCACAUUUGGAAAUUAAACUGUUUAUUUAUGGACUUUACUGUUCGAGCUCUGUUAAGUUCAGUGUUGUUUUCGUUGACGAUGGUGUUGACGGAAAUAUUUCGUCAUCGUCAACGAAAAAAACAGUGUUGUUAAUAUUUCGUCAAAGCCCCUUUUUUCCACGACAAAGACGUGACGUUGACGAGCUAAACAUAAGUCUUAGAUGACUAAAAUGUGAUGAGACGAAUGUGUGUUUACGUCGACGAGACGAGACUAGACGAAAACGUUAGUGGUGGACAACAAACAGAGUUGCAAAAUUCAUGAGCAUUUCGUCAGUCAAACGCUAAACAUAUAUCCUGCAGUGUUGUUUUCGUUGACGAUGACGUUAACGAAAUAUUUCAACAACGUCAUCGUCAACAAAAAAAACACUGGUUACUUUUGAAUACCUUGCCAUCUGGGCCUCGAGGUUAAAAACACACUUGCCAUUUGACUGAUCCAAGGAUUUGCAUUUUACUUAUGUUUGUGUCCACCAGCUUUUCAUUUCACACGAGACACGCCAAACUGAAAUGUUUUGUAAAAUGAUUAAAAAAAAAGACAUAAUCAAGCAUUUGUACAUUUGCUUGUGGAAAAUUACAGACCAUAAUUAAGAAUAUGUAGAGCAGCCAUGCCUUUUCGCGUUUUACCUGUCCCUACCUCUGUCCUCUGUCUCUAUCUGCAGGCAAUGUGCAGAUGUUUAAAGAUGAAUUCGGUUUUCAUCUCUGCUGCCAUUAGUCUCUCUCUUUCAUCUCUUCCUUCAUCUCUUUCCUGUAGACCUGCCUGUUGUGGAGUAUACAGCUCCAUCCUCUUAGCAAUUCUCAAACAUUACCUUACUUAGGUCUAUUCCCUCUCUGGCACACACAGGCAUGUGUGCACAACUGCAGAAGCAUUAUCACAGAAUAAGUUGAACCACAAUAUUUUAACUAUAUUAUAACUAGUGGCCGGCUGAUGGCCGCUAUGAUCUUACAAUAUCACGUUGUUUUAAUUGCAUUUAGUAAAUUCAACAAUUUAACAGGGAUGCACCCAUCCGCUUCUUUUACCUCCGAUACUGAUACAGAUAUCUGCAGUUUAGUAUGACAGAUACCGAUCCAAUUCCGAUACAGAAAAGCAGCACUGAAUUACCUUUUGUCCUAACCUGAAGUUUUACCACUGCCCCUCGGAACGUUUACUGAGCAGGUAUUGUAAUUGGCCAUCAAGCUUGUAGGCUGAAGUCUCUUGAUAAAGGUCAAGAUAGCAGACCCCUUUGCUCGCUCCAUUUUGAAAACAUUGUGGGCAUCCGCUCAGCGUAUUUACUUAUGGAUGCCAUUUACGGUGCAUAGCAUAGAGUUAGACUGAAUAGAUCGGCCCCUAUGCAUCGGGCCCAUUGUCACAAAACCAGAUCUAGAAUUUUCUUCAGUAUCGAACCGAUACUGAUAUCAAAUAUUGGAUUGGUAUCAAAUAUCGUAUCAGUGCAUCCCUACAAUUUGAUAAUACUAACAAAUGAAAAACAGAAUCACAAAGCUUGAAUGAGCUGUUUAUCUAAAGACCUCGUAAUGAACUGAUGUCUUCCAUGUUGUCUAGAAUUAACAUUUUAGUCAAAUUGUCAACAAGUAUUUCUCAAUGUGCCACGGCUCAUCUCUAGAGAUGUGUUUGAACACGUGUGGUGUUCAGGUUGUCCCAAGCAUUGCCUGUCCUAUACAGAAUAAACAGGGGCUUGUCAAGGGGUACCAACCAAUCAUAUUCACGCAUUUAGCACAGCCAAGUGGGUAGUAAGAAAGGUGGGUCGUAACUAUAAAUAACGGGAUGUUGUUUGGCAUUGAAUAUGGAAAACAGCUGUGUGAACAGUAAGAGUGUUUGUGCUCUAUGACAUGAAAAAGACAGUAAAAGGUUUUACAAGGCAUAGAAGGCAAGGCAGACGUGUUGAAUAAACCACAGGUUUUCUGCAGAGAAUAUGUCAAAAUAGUGUUCAUUUAAUAUUAAAACACUUGAUCUAAAAUUACCACUCUCCGCCUCUCUGCUCACUCUGACAUGCAAAGCAAAUUAAUUCCCCCCAAUUCCAAGCACAUACCUUUACUCCAUCAGAGCAUAUUCAGAUAUUUCACAAGGGUUGAAACCCUGGCAUCGCUGUGAAUAUAUUCCCCCACUUAAAAUGUGUUCUGGAUUGGAUGUUGAUAACAUGUCAUUUUAAUCCUCAUUUCCACCUCAGGCUUCAGAUUGCAAUUUGCAGCCAUUUUACAUGGAUGCUUCAUGCACAGUUGAAUGCCAGGAUAAGAAUUCAGUAAAUUCAAACCUUCUUCUAAAAAUUAUGCUCUUUAUGCUGUAAUAAUGUUUCCUUUUUGUAGUAUAUGUCUUUAAACUGACUGGCUGUGAUGUAAAUACUAUGAUUUUUAUCCCAUUAUAAAAACUCACGGUUAGCAUCUACAGUCAUGUAAGUGGCAAGAGCUCAAGCUGAUGUGUAGGCUGACUGCUGCCGCUUAGUGAUAUAUCAUUUAUAAAUAGGUGACCUAUAUCUUACCUGCUGAUUGGUUCACUUUAUAGAUGAUCAAUCCACCUUAAACACACUAUAAACAAAGCGCUUCAACAGAGGAAUAAUAUUUUCAAUGAGACAAGCACAUUUAAUUCCCAAAUGACAAUAUUUAAGGUUGCAGUGAAAUUGAGAUCAAACAUCCUAAAGGACUUUUUCCAGUGGUGUUGAAAUGGCAGACCUUUUUUUCACAGUGUACUGCAGGCAUCAACAGCACUUUUUCCUGUCUUCACUUCCUCACUUCGUUUGCCACCCACUUGCUAGGAUUGCUAAUUAUAGCCGCUCCAGUCACACCUAACCAGCUGAAUCAGUCUGAGCAGAGACAGAGAGGGGAGGGAGAGCAACACAGGUUGGCUACUAACACCUAAAUAUGAUGAGGGAUUUUUUUUUUAAUAACACAAAAGUGUCGUGCCCCAAUGAAGAGUUGUAUCAUAAACAUAUGUUUUUUGGUUUAAUAGAAUGUGUGAACCUGUGAGUAAGACAAGAGCUUGAUAUGCUGGUGGUAGAUCCCAUCAUCUUGGCAGUCAGUAGCAUGCAAAUCUGUUUAUUACGACACAUCUCCCAGUCCAAUAACCUGCAAUAUACCGUAAAUGUUUGAGGUCUUUGAGAAGCUUUGAAGAUCCGCAUCAAACUUGGCUUUCAUACAUAAUGUUGCUGAUCCUUGAACAAGUAGGAAAAAAAAACACUGUAAAAGGUAAAAAGAGAUACAAGUUUGACCUGUGCACUCAAGAACAAAAAGCCAGUAACUAAAUAUGUGACAGAAAUGCAGUUACUGCACCAUAUUACAAGACCGGAUCACGAAAUGAUUGAAUUUAAAGUCAUUUACUGGCUCAGGCAAAUCGUAUUAAUGAAAAAGCCCUGUCAAGUGCAUUUCCAGUGGAGGCAAGAAAUAACCACCGUACAGUAUGAACAGGAUCUUCAAACGGAGAGCAGUGCUCUGAAGUUCUUCUUUGUAAAGGAAAGUGUGUCAUAUGUGUCCAAAAAAGCAGCUCUCGCUCCAGGUUUCAUGUCAGUUUUCUGGGCUUUUCUUCACAAAGCUGUCUCUAGUGACUGUGGAUGCUAAAGAAUAUAAAUAAACUCCAUCCAAAAGUCAGUGAGUAUAAAACCUUACAUUUUUAAGACCGUUUUGGACAUGCCAUUCUGAAAUGAAGGGCAAAGCAGCUGAGCUGGAACCUGUUUUUCUCACUCUUAGUCACCAUUCUUCUUGGAAAGCUUCCCUGAAGAUUCUUAAGAGUGUCUGUGGCGGUUUGUGCCCGCUCAGCCAAAAGAGCAUUUACGAGGUCAGGCACUGAUGUUAGACGAGAAGGUCCUGCUCCCAAUGGGCACUCUGAAUCCUCCCAAAAGUGUCAGAGGGGUUGGGGGGUCAUGUCUCUGUGCAGGCCAAUCUAAUUCCUCAAGUCAUGACUCUUUGGACUUGAUUUUGUGGGGUCGGUCCGUCUGAAACAACAAAGGGCCAUCCCAAAACUGUUGUUGCAAAAUUUGAAGCGACCAAUUUGCGUUCAAGCUAUUUAAGACAGACUUCAUAGGAUAAAAAUCUGCAAAACAGCCUCAGAGCAUUAUUCAUGCACCACCAGUUCUCAACGUAAGCACUAUGCAUUUCUGUUGUGUUCUCUUAAGCGUUUCCAGACCCCAUUUCAUCCAUCCAGCUAUCCUAUUAUAGUUCCUCCAGAUAACAUUUACCCACAGUCUGGGACUUAAUUUGCAGUAUGCUUUUCACCACCUUAACUUAAUGACUGACAUAACACGCGGUAACAUGACAUGAAGGAACUCCCCACUCUCAACUGAACAUGCUAAUGUCGACUCCUCAGACAGAUUGGAAGUGCAAUGAUAGGCUAAUUCUUCGACACGGUUCAGCACUCACAGUCCCUGCUCUGUGAGUUUGUUUGUCUUCCACUUCAUGACUGAGCUGUUGUUAUCCCCUCAGGCUUUCACUUCACAAUAAUAUCACCUACAGUUGACCGGGCUUGAUCUAGCAGGGCAGCGAUUUCUUGAAUAGACUUGUGGCUAAGGCGGCAUCCUAUGAACAUGCCACAUCAGAGGUCACUGAGCUUUGUAUGAGCUAUUUGUGACACAUUGUAAAAUCAAGUCUAUGUCUAUGCAUCUUUUUCGAUAUUUGAUUAGUUCCAUGAGCCAUGACAAUUAAAAUAUAGCACCUCUGACAUAAAAAGAGGCUUUUUGACCAAAAGCAAUUGGAAUUUUUAGUUCCAGGGACUUCUCUUUCAAGAACUAGAUGGUUCCUGUGGCUGAUUGUUGUAUGUGUUUCCACAGGAGGGUAGAAGUCCUCUGCAACCAAAGCAAAAUGAGGCCAAUGACAUCCAGGGAUGGUGUUUGGAAAUGAACUUGGCUGCACAACUCUUUAUUGGAGAGUCUCUGCAGAAUAAUUAUUAUUUAUUAUCAAUUAAAAAGCUGUCACAAAUCUCAUUGGCAGCAGGGAAGCCUUACUGAUUCAUGUACAUACAUAGUUUUAUGAACCAGAUAACAUCAGGUUAUAAUCUUGUUUAUCUCCUGUAUUUCCUCUUCUCUGUGAUAGUCUACACUACCAGCAAUUUCUAUGCAAAUGAGAUCGCCAGGCUUCGUCCUAAAGACCCUGGGCCAUGGAAAGCACUGGCCCCUGAGCAGAGGCUUUUUCGAGGGGUAAAUCUUCUACCCCAGAACUAGGGGUGGGAGAAAAAAUCAGACAGCAUAGAAUUGCGAUAUUUUGUCUGGCGAUAUAUCAUAUCAUCUCAUUUACAAAGUAUCAUUUUUUUCAGAUGAAUUGCUAAUAUGAAGUCAAAUCUAUGAUAAUGGAAAAAAUAAAAUCAACUGUUUGUCCAGUGAGGUUAAGUUAGUACAACAAAUGCAUGUAUAUAAGGUUUGCAAGAUGUGCUACAUGAAAAUAAAAUGCAGCGUAAAUAAGACAAACAAAGGAAAGACAAAUGCUAAAUUAGCUAAACAGUUGAAAAAAUUGUAUAAAUCGCAAUAUUUGGUAUUGCAACACUCACUGUAUUGCAAAAAGUUAAAAAUCGCAAUAAUAUCGUAUCGUAUUGUAUCGUAUCGUGGGGCUACUAGUGAUUCCCACCCCUACCCAGAACUAACUUAAGACCUUAGUUCCAACAGUUGAAAGGCACACACCUUCUUAAAAAAGUUGCUAGUUCCUGAGCAAAGUUCUCCUAAAAUUUGCUCUUUGGGGUCUCUGAGAGGGACAAAAGUUUAAACUGUUAUGUUGUACGGCAGUUUUUAUAGCAUCGCAGUAAAGUCUGCAUAUGCCAUUUUUGUGCAACUGUGUAACUCUUUUUGUUUUAGUCAUGUAAAGUUUACAAUCCUGCUUGCCAAGUAUAGAAGUUAAGUUCAGUUUGUGAUAAGUUUGAUAGUUUUCAGGGACAGAUUUAAUGCCCAGAGUUAGUUGCAGAACUCACAUCUGUUAGUCCCAAGCCAGAGUCUUCAACUGGGGAUGAGUUUAUCCAGUUAGGUCACAUGUAGUGGUUGAUAAUGGCAGUUGGACUAGAGGUCAUUUUGGUUGUGGAGAAGCUUUGGCUGGUUUGGCGGCCAUACUGUGGGGAAUAUACCAUAACACAAUAGAAUACCUCUCUCUGAAUUUCAUGUUGGUAUACGAUUCUAUACGAUUAUAUUAGUUUUGCUCAAAUUGAAAGGCUGGAUUUAUGUCACUAAUAAAACAUUUAUGAAGAGUUUGAGAUGUUUGAACCUCUCUCCAUCAGCUCUCUUCAAAAGAAUUCUCAAGAAGGGUGGUCCAAGCUAUCAGUCUGAAAAUAAAAAAAUGUAAGUUGACACUCCUUCAGUCUGGGCAGUAUCCUUCUCAGAAUGAUUUCAAGGGGAGUGAGCUCUGGCUUUGAUCUGCUGCAGGCUGACACAAAAGCCAAGGCAGCUCAAGGAAAAUAAUCAUGACGUAACCAAAAAGCUGCACCAGGCGUCUUCUCACCACAGACCUCCUAUUUGGUGCUGAAGUGCAUUUACAUUGCUUUCAAGUCUGACCAGAGUGAAUAUUCACAAUUCUCUAGUCUCUUUUUGGUAUUGUCAGGUAAUGUUGUUAUUUGUUAGUGGACAAGGAAUGGGAUUCUCUGUUGAGUAAAGUUGCCUUUCUGUUUCAUUCAUGAACCAUCAUUUACAGUAAAUAGUGAGCACAGUGUGGAGAUAUUUAGUGCAGAAUAAAAGUCUGCACUAGACUUUACACUAGAAGGUAGUCUUUGCACGGGCUGGCCCCAGAAUUUUUAUCUGACCUUGUCAAGGCGCACCGACCCGCCAGAUCCCUGAGGUCUGCUGACUGGAUGGUCUUAGAUGUGCUGAGAACCCAGCUUAAAAGCAGAGGGGAUCGGGCAUUAGCAGUUGCUGCUCCCACACUGUGGAAUGCCCUGCCUCAGUCUGUGCGUUCUGCAACCAGCCUCACCUCCUUCAAAACGCACCUUAAAACCUACCUGUUUACCCUAGCUUUUGGUUGAGUUGUCACCUGCUUUUACUCGCAUACGCUUUUCUUUUAUUGUUGUUAUUGUAUGUUUCCCUUUUAAUGUUGCCAUACUUGUAGCUUUUAUUAUUCUAUGUUUUUCUCCUGAAAAGCACUUUGUCUGGCCUGUCCUAUAAAUGUGCUAUAUAAAUAAACGUGACAUUGACAUUGACAUUGACAAGGUAGUCAGUAACAGAGAUGCACCGGUCCAUUUUUUUCCGAUCCAAUCUGGUACAGAUACCUGGGCUGAUCAUAUCGGCCGAUAUCCAAUACCGCUCCAAUACUACUUUUGAAUGAAUUAACUGUAUACUUGCCCUGUGAGUGAAGGCAUCAGGCUUGACAUAAGCCUUGUUAAAAAAAAAAAAGGUAACAAAUCAAGACAGAUAUAAAUUUACUUAAUAUUAUUUAUUAACAAAUAACAAAUUUCACAUUAGCACACAGCAAAAAGAAGUAAGACUUCCAUGUAUGAAAAGAAAAAUUAAUUAAAAGAAAAAAAAAAGACCGGAUCGAAAAGCUGGAUUGCCUUCAUUCAUCGAAUAUCUGAUAUUCAAUCCAAAUAUUGGAUCAGUGCAUCCCUAGUCUGUAAAGUCUUAAACCUGAGUCUGAGCAUCUCCUAAACUGUGCUAAUGCUCAUCUAUUCUAGACAGACCAGUUUGUGGUUUUUAAGAGAAGAUAAGAAGAACUUUAGUUUUCUUUUAGGGGAAAUUUGAUGUUUUUUUUCAUUAUUAUUGUAGUUUUGGGCAAUGACCUCUCAAAUCAUUUCAGUCUAGUUCUUGCCAAUGAAAAGACACAAAUAUCAGUCAUUACUUCUGGUCAAAAUGUUUCUCUCUUUGAACCGAUUCAGUCAGCAGAUCUAAAUUUGGUACCAAGAUUGAGCCAAACAGUCAAAUCUCUAAAGGAAUAUUUCAACCAAUAUCGACCGAAAGAAAAACAGGUGAACUGGUAAUGAAUAAUGAGCAGCCAAGGCUUAAAGCAUGGCCAAACAGAAGUACCUCUGGAGCUCUGAUAUAGAGGCAUCAGGACUUACAGUGCAUUGUAGUUUUUCAUGUAUAAGUCUGUGUAGCUGCAGACCAGUCAGGGUGCCCCUCAGUAUCAGGGCUGGACCAUGAAGCAAUAACCGAAGAUGGCUUGAGGAACUUGUUCUCCAAAUCCCCCCCUGAUCUAAAUUCAAUUAAGCACCUGUGGGACGUGCUGGCAAACCAAGUCUAAUCCAAGGACGUCGAUGGAGCUUAAAGGAUCUACUGGUAACAUCCUGGUGCUGGAUAUACCACAGCACACCUCUGGAGGUUUGUUAGAGUCUAUGUCUCAUCAGGUUAGGACCAAAACCGACCCGAUCAGACUCAACAAUAUCAGACAGGUGAUGAUAAUGUUACGGCUGAUGAGUGUGUUUUAAAAUGCUAUCAUUGUGUUGUUUGUCCAGCAGAGCAGCCCUUAAUAUAGAAUACUCGGUCUGGGUGUAUUAUAAGGGAAGUAAAUUCUGUUAAAAAAAGCAGCUUUCUGAGUCAUCUUGAUUGUCAUUUCUAUCCCCAGUCUGUGCAAAAUAAAUUGCUAUUUUUGUUUUAUUUAAAAAACAAUCUGCAUUAGCCGCAAUAUCACAGAGUGGCGAUUUUUUUCUCCUCUCCAAUAUUUAUUGUUGUCAUUCUGAAUGACCUCAUAUGGCCAAAUCCCCAGUGAAUUGUUAAAAAGCAUCUCUAGGCUCGGUCGGAAAUAGACCUGCUCAUGCUGACUAAUAGUGAUUGGCACAAGUGCAUACAGGAAUAAUUUGACUCCUGUCUUGGGGCUUAUUUCCUCUCACUGGGCUCACACCAGCUGCAGAGACUUGAUGAAACUGUCAAGACCCAUGCGGGUUUUCAUUUUUAUUUGCUUGAAUUUUCUUUUUUUUUUGGCAACAUUCAUCUGAAGGUGAGAGGGAGAGGACAGGAAAGAUUUUACUUAAUGAGGUAGACUGAGCGGGAGGACAAAGAGGAAGAUGGAUUUUGGCAACGGAGUUCCCUGGAGAGCGGUGCAGUCUGUCACCAACACCUCUGCCAUCUCUUUGCUCCCACCCUUCCCCCCUCCUGUAUCACCUUUGAAACUGUUCAUACUUGCUUUCAUGAAAAGUUCAUGACUACUUCCAUGUCUCUCACGCUUUGUAUCCCCCUUUCUCUCUCUCUCUCUCUCUUUACCAUACACAUUCAGCCCAAUCAAUGCACUUAGAGACAGACUUUCAAAGAGGAUGUAAAAGAGGAGACACGGAGGGUAGGACUGAAAGAGUUAAUGUGAAGGAGAUGAGCGGGAAUAUUCAGGAAGGAGAAAAAAAGGAGGAAACAUAGACAGAAAGCAAACAAUGUGAUAUUAAAUCGACUCUAAAGAUAAUGUCUGGUUAAAGUUCUGGCCUAUUUUUGUUUCCUUAAGUGUGCCGUCGAUGCUUUUUGGGGGUUCUGCAGAGGGAUGAUGGAUUAGUGAAGUGUAGAUGCCCUCCAAUCUGCCUUUUACUACUUGCCCUUGAUGUACAGUUGUAAAAAAAGAAGAGAGAGAGAGCGACAUUGUGUGUGUGUGUGUGUGUGCGUGUGUGUGUGUAUUGCAGCAAGCCAAAUAUGCUAGUGGAUAGCAAAUUGUGGCUGCACUGAAGGAAUGAGAGAUAAAAGAGAGAGGGGGGGAGUGUGCUGACAGGACAGGGGGACUUGGCUGAGAGAAGGAGAGGACAUCGGUGUCAUUCCAUUUUUUUUCAUCAUCUUUUUUUUUUUUUUUUUUUUGCAUUGUCGCAUGCAGCACAAGGCAGAGGAUAACAACACAGCGAGAGGACACAUGCAAGUGUAAACACAAACACAUAGGUGUGAGUGACUCAAUCAUUUCUCGAGCAUACAGCAUUCAUGAAAUACAUUUUUCGGUAACCGGCAGAGAUACGCUGCUGAUGUCGGAGGGGAGUCAGCUAGCUUGAGAACAGUCUAGAAGCAUCGUGCUCAUCUAAAUUAUUCACAUACCCUUCGUUGGCUGCAUUACAACGCUGAAAACGUGCAUGGUGGCGUGCACACGGAUAGAGAGAGCUGUGCAGAGAGAACAGAGGCACAUUAGACCGUCUAUGUCUGUCUAUCUAAUGUAUAUGUGUGCGUUUGAGUGCACUGUAAUAUGAUGUCUCCACAGUGCAAGUAAGGCCGUGUCAAAGUGAGCACUCAGUGGGAGGAACAGACUGUGUGUGUGUGUGUGUGUGUGUGUGUGUGUGUGUGUGUGUCUGUCUAAUAUGCAGCACUUAUCCUAUGAUGGGUAAGGGUUGGUGUAAUGGUCCUCUUUGGUCAGGACCUCAACUUACACAGCAGCUCUAAAAUCCACCCCUGUUUACCAAACAAGGGUCCUGAUCAUGAAACACACUCAGAGGGAUACCAGGUUCAUAUACUUGUGUUGAUUUUCAUGCGAACCUUCACUUUUUUCAUCAUAGCUGCCUGUAUUUCUCACGGAAGUGUAUUUUUCCACCAAAAAAAGAAAUAAAAAAGCUGUUUUUCAUAUUUUUCUCUUCUUUCUGUUUUUCGGACUACUUUUUUUCGUGUGUUGUUUUGUUUUUCAGACUAAUUGUUUUUCCUCUUCUCUGGGAUCAUGAUUAUUUAAAAACAGAUGCUUUCACCCCCUUCUGCUCGAUUUAUUGGACGCAAACAUGGCCGACUUGUUCAGUUAAAUUAAGUUUUACUUUCUUUGAGACACUGGGAGAUACUCCUUUCUUAAGUCAGAUAGAUGGUAUCGUCAUAAGUUUGUCUACUUUGCACAGGCACCUCAGGAUUUGCAAACCCUGUGUUUAACUAAUAACAAGCUUUACUCUCAUUGACCCCGUCGUCGAAGUUAUCUAGGAGCGGGAGAGUACGCUGAUUUGGAGCAGCUGUGGUGGUUAAAGUUAUCUGGUUGGAUGAGAUUCUCGCAGGAUUUUGAAGUAUCUCACUAAGUCAGGAAAAAAAUAGUCUGAAAAACAGAAAGACGAAAAAAUGGUAUGAAAAACAGAAUACAAAUUUGUCUGAAAAACAGAAAGAGGGGAAAAAAUAUUAGUACAAAAAACAGAAGAAAAAAAUUGUCGGUAAAAUAGAGAGAAGAAAAAAUUUGUAAGAAAAAAAGCAAAGAAAAUAAAAAUACUUGAAAAAAGUUUCCUUUUUUUUUUUUUUUUUUUUGUAAGUAUAUGCAAUGUGCAUCUGCAAUGUAAUUAACAGUUGGACCUUUGGAAAUGUUAAUUGGAAUUGUUCAAAUGAUGUUACUAGCAUCAGAAAUUCUUUGAUACAGACUCACUGUGUCAAAAAUUGGCAUUAUGAUCCAAAAUCAAAAACUUUAAUGUUUGUUUUUCUUCUUCUUCAAAAUAGCAGCCUACACAGCACUGGAGUCAUAGCUGUCUCUGGAAAACAAGACCUGAGUUUAGGCAACACUGGGGCUUUUAUUGGUUGUGGUCUUGCUAGGGGUGCAGUAAAUUUCUAACACUGAUUUACAGAUUCAUCCUUUAGGGUCCGGGGUUAUCAUGAUUAUCCAUCCAGGAAUCCAAAAAUAUUUUACUCAAGUCCUCAGGCUGGAGAAAAAAAGGACUCACCAAAGUCAUUAGGAUGCUGAAUGUAGGUUAAAAAAAAAUCAAUGCCAAUCCAUUUAAUGGUAGCUGAGAUAUUGUAGUGCUGACCUGAUGGUGUAUUGACUCACUCUGCCAUUAACAGAGCCAAAUCACUGAAUGCUCUAUUUAAACGAUAGAAUUGUGAAGAAACAGACACAUGCAAAAUUUUAAAAUAAUAAGGUGCAACUGAUCCUAUAAUUUAUAUAAUACGUUCUUUCAAAGAACUUUCAUAGCUUCUUGUUUCAGUUGUUGGGACUUUUUUAAAUUCUUGUCUUCUCUUCUCUCCUUAGCAAAGGCCAGUCCAGCAGUCCCUGGCCUCCUCCCUGUGUCGGGAGUCUCAUUGGAAGUGCCUCCUCCUGACCCUCCUCAUGUACGGCUGCUUCGCCACCCUUGCCUGGUGCGCCGUCUGCCGUGUGCCCGUUCUCGGCUCCUCCUCCAUACCCAUCGGUGACGACAAGGCCACGUCUCCAGCCGCAGCUUACUACCAUGACAUCCCACACUUGGAGAGCCCCUGCUCCAGUGGCUACGUCUACAUCCCCCUGGCGUUCCUGGCAAUGCUGUAUGUGGUUUACCUGGUGGAGUGUUGGCACUGCUUCUCCAAGACGGCAAUGUUGGCUCAUGCUGAAUUCCAGGUGUGUGCGAAAAACCCUGUUUUAGUACCAUAAUAAGGGGUCCUCUUAAACCCAUCAGACUGUGGAGUCCAAUGCUGCAGUGGGACUCAAGCACUUAGUCUUUGACCUUGAGCUUAGGCUGUAGCAGAAUCUGUUUACUCACUGAAUUCUGCUCACUCAGUUGGUGUCAGCAAAAGAAAGGGCUUUAAAUAAUGCUGUAGUAAAUGCGCGCACAGACAGUUGCCACUCUGAAGAACUAAAGGAUAAUUACAGUCCUCAAAUUAAUGCAGCCUGAUCAGAUUUUUACAAGAGGAGAACAAUUUUUCCUCUCAGUUUGCCUCUUGAGUGUGGGGACCCACUCAGCUCACAUGAAAAUGAGCUGACCUGGGGGCAUCAGUCUGUCUUUUGUCUUUUGUUUAUUAUCAGGAGCUCCAGAAGCACAGUGCCUGCUGAUCAUUUUAACCAUCUGCUUCUGUCAAAAACAAAAUAUGUCCUGUUUUGGUCAAGACUCCUAAGAGAUGUAUUUUGUGAUUAAAGCAUUUCUAAGUAGAAAAUCAAAUAAACAAACAUCACCACAAACAAACUCUGACAGCUCCUGGUUUGCACCAGAUUGCACAGACUCACCCAGAAUAUAGUAUGCAAACACUAAUAAUUUGUUGCUGCAUGUUCUGCUAAUAGAGUUCUUAUUUCUUCUCUUGUUGACACAGGAGGUGUAUGAGCGCGUGCAGAGACUUCAGCAGGCAACUCCCUGCAUAUGGUGGAAGGCUAUUAGCUACCACUAUGUGAGGAGGACCAGACAGGUCACCAGAUACCGCAAUGGAGAUGCCUAUACAACCACACAGGUGAGGGGGAUUUAUCUUUGAACACAUACCAGUGCUGUCCAUCAUGAUCAUCUCUUUCUUUGUGUUGUUUAAUGCAACAAAAUAAGAUAAGAUGUGUAUUUUACAGCGGCCCUGAGGUGCAAACCACAACUACAAAUCAGAAAACACAACACAAAAAGAGAAAACACAACACGAAAAGAGAAAAAAAACAACACAAAAAGAGAAAAGAACGCAAAAAGAGAAAACACAACGCAAAAAGAGAAAAAAACAACAAAAAAAGUAAAAGAACGCAAAAAGAGAAAACAACACAAAAAGUGAAAACACAAAAAAAGCACAAAACAAAAGGAAAACACAACAUAAAAAAGAGAAAACACAACACAAAAAGAAAAAACACAAUUGCAAAAAGAGAAAACGUAACUUGAAAACAGAAAACACAAUGGCAAAAAGAGAAAACACAACGCAAAAAGAGAAACUACAAUGGCCAGAAGAGAAAACACAACACAAAAUGAGAAAAAACAAAAGGGGAAAACGCAACACAAAAUGAAAUAACACAAAAGGGGCAAACACAACACAAAAUGAGAUAACACAAAAAAAAGAAUACAACACAAAAUGAGAAAACACAAAAAGAAAAAAUACAACAGAAAAUGAGAAAACACAAAAGGGGACAACACAACACAAAAUGAGAUAACACAAAAAAAAGAAUACAACACAAAAUGAGAAAACACAAAAAGAAAAAAUACAACAGAAAAUGAGAAAACACAAAAGGGGACAACACAACACAAAAUGAGAAAACACAAAAAAAGACUACAUAAAAAAUCAGAAAACACAACAUGAGAAAAACACAAAAGGGGAAAACACAGAAAGAGAAAACACAAAAACAAAACAAAAAACCCAACGGUUGAUGUCGUUGUGUUUUCUCUUUUUUUAUCGUGUUUUCUCUUUUGCCGUUGUGUUUCUCUUUUAGUGUUGUGUUUUCUGACCUGCUGUUCUGUUUUGCACUUCAGGGCCACCGUAGCUUUUAUAACUGCAAUGCAAAUCUUAAUUUCUAACAUAGAGAAAUAUUGCGGGGCUGUGUGCAAACAGCUGCGUGCAGUAAGAAAUCCUUCUCUUAAGUAAACAAGCCAUACUGAAGCUGAAACUUACAAUAUAUGACGAUUUAAGAAUCUUUCAGAAAGCAUGGCCCUCUUCCUUUAUCUGUUUCUACUUCAUCAAACUCCGUCCUUCAUACACUCCCUGCUCCAUCCUCCCUCAGGUCUACCAUGAACGGGUCAACACUCACGCCUCCAGUUCAGAAUUUGAUUACGCCCGCUACGGAGUCAAAGACGUGUCAAAGGAGCUCCUGGACCUGCAGCUGCACCCCGCUGUUCGCCUCCGAUUCACCAAGUGUUUCAGGUGAGACACCUGACACAAAUCAUAUGAGGUCAAGCAGAAGGCUUGAUGGGAAAAUUGAUGAUUAUUCGGGGUUGUGAGCAAGCCAUAAACAAUUCUUUUCUGCUUUUUAGCUUCUCAAGUGCACGUGCUGAAGCUGCCUACCUCACCCAGGUAAGAUGUACCCAAAACCAGGUUUGUUAUAAGGUUAAAACAUAGUCUACAAAUAAUUUUUCUAUUAAACUACUACUUGUUAAUGUGAAAACACAACAAAUGCAAGGUCCUAAAUGCAACUCAGUUCGUCUCAAUCAAUCAAAUUCAAUCAAAUUUUAUUUACAUAGCACCAAAUCACAACAGUCGUUAUCCAAAAGAGCAGGUCUAGACCACGCUCAUCGUUUGAUGAAUUACCAAGGUGGGACAGAUUUGACCCACCUCAUCUAACGUGAAUCACAGUGGCAAGGAAAAACUUCCUUUUAACAGGCAGAAACCUUGAGCAGGACCAGACUCAUGUUAGACAGCCACCUGCCACUGCUAAAUUCAGGAAGAACACACAGAGAGAUAAGGAGGGAGAGAGAGAGAGAGAGGAGAGGGAGGGAGAGAAAGAGAGCGAGGGGGAGAGAGACAGAGGACAGCAGCAACAUUAAAAACAACAACAACAGCUCAUACAGAGUUCUGGUUGCAAAGCAAGUAAUGAUAGAAGAAUAUGAAUUCAGUUUACAGGAUCAGGAAGUAAGUAAUAACGGACUGAUAAAAAAAUUAAUGUAAGUCCUAAUCGUAGUUAACUCUAGCUUUAUGGUAUUUAUCUCAGCAAUGUUGUUAAUUUUAUGCCAAUUUUACGACAAAAAAUAAAGACACAAUGUGUCAACCUAAGUUUGUUUGUUUUAAAAUUUAGACAUUAAAAAGAAAUUCUUUAUUUUUUUAUUUUUAUUUUUUUGUUUAAUGUUCCUAAUUUUCUAUAUUAAUCCUACGUUUUACUUCAAGGGACUACAUUCAUUAACCACGAGCCGCGUCUUAAAGGUGUUGACUACAUCAACACUGCUCUUACCUAUGCCUCUGACGAUGAAAGAUUUAGGUCAGCCACUGAGGGUGUUUUUUGCUGCAUUCCAGUUAAGUCAGAUGUCAGAGCUCGGAAUGACGAAACACCCAAGUUGACGGCGUUCCAAUUAACAAGUCAGAAAAUGAAGAUGGACGCCUACAGUUAGCCAGUGUUAGCUGUUGUUUACAAUUGUCAGCUGUCAUCAACCGUUGUCAGUUGUUGUUAGUUGUUGUUAGCUAUACCAGUUGUAAACAACGCAUAACACAAAACCAUAGCACUGUGUUCAUAGUUAGACGUUGGGCAGUACAACAUAUACCACUUACUUAAUUUCACAAAAACAAAACAGAAGUGCUAAUAAGAUAUACAGGACAAGAGCUUUCACUGUUACUCUUUACUGUUGAUGAACUGUGCUGCCAUCUUGGAUUAUGACGUCGUCAAGUCAGGGUUGGCAUGGAUCGCCAACUUUCCGAGUCAGAAAUCCGACUUUACAGAUGAAUUUCCGACUCAGAGCUCAGACAUUCGGACUUCCAAGUACAACAGGAACGUAACAUUUAAAUAUGUCCAUCAUUGUGCAGGUUUUACCAGCAUCCUCACUUUCCCCGACUUUCACUCUUUUUGACAUUUUAACAUAAAUAGUUCAGUCAAAAUAGGCAAUAAGACUUUUAAUGACAAAUACCCUCCCCAGUAAUUUCUGAUUUUCUGCCCUCAGUCUCUUCUACCUCAAACAAAUGAAACCGAUAAAAAACAGGAAAAGGAGAGAAAUACAAGUGGUGACAUUUACAGCAGCUGGCUGUAAGUUUAAGAUAUUGGAAACUUUGGCAGAGCUGCCGAAGACCACUGCAGGGUCACAGAUUUUUAUGUGAAGCUGCUUUACUCAGUAUUUUCUAAAGGUGCUUCAUCGGAGGGAUAAUCUGGCUGUCUUCAUGAACCUUUAUGAACAACAAAGAAUCCUCAAAACAAGCUGAGCACCCAGAAACAAACUACCUUUUGUGGACAACACUGAGUGACUCAUUCACUGGUAUAAACCUGGACACAGUUUAUAAACGGCAUUGCUCUGCACAGUCAAACAAAACAAAAGUGCAGAUCUAAACCACCAGAAAAAUAUGAGUCACUCCUGAUUUUUUCUGAUGGUGAUCAUCUACUUUUGAAAACUUUUUGCCGCCUAUUCCCAGUUUAAAAAGUCUGGUGAUUAUACUCAUACUAAAUUUCUCUGAAGCUGAUGUUUUCCAUUGUCUUCCUUUUACUCAAGCGCGCACGCUUCUUCGGAGAGAAUGAGGGGUUGGACGACUACAUGGAGGCCAGGGAGGGGAUGCACCUGAAAAACGUAGAUUUCCGGGAGCACAUCCUGGCCUUCCCAGACCCCGCUCACCAGCCGUGGUUCUCCCGCCACAGGGUCUUCUGGCUGGCUUCGGCUUUCCUCCUGUCCUGGCCUCUGCGGGUCGUGUCAGAGUACCGCACGGCGUACGUCCACUACCACGUGGAGAAGCUGUUCGGUGAGGAUGAGGACGCAGGGGGAGGCGGAGGAGGAGGUGGAGGAGGGCCGGGUGGAGGUGGAAGAGGGGAUGGGAUUCAAGGAGGGACUGAGAAUGGGAUCCACCCGGGAGGGAUCGGGAUUGGAAUCGGUCUAAACGGGACGAGUUACAGAGCGAUCUCUCGGGUCAACACGGUGGACAUGACUGAAUUGGAGUGGCACAUCCGAUGUAACCAACAGAUGGUCCCGAGCUACUCUGAAGCUCUCCUUAUGGACUUGGACACAAGUGGGGGGACAAACAAUACCGCCUCGACGCCCAUAUCCGGGCCUCCCUGCACCACCCCAAACCAGGGGAACAACCCACCUCCUCUCGCUCUGCCUGUUGUCUUCAACUCUGCGUACCUCCUUCAGAGCUGCCCCCGAUGCAGGAGAACCACAUCCAGUUCCAGUCUUCCUUCCAGGCUAAGGGCCCCCAUGGGAACCACAGCCCUCUUGAACGCUACAGUGGCAGGAAUCAGGAAUGCAGGGCCCGGAGCCGGAGGGAGGUUGGUGCUCAGUCGGAGCGGAUUCUCUCUCGGGAGACUCGGAGGAGGGCGCCACAACAGCUUGUUUCACUCACGAAGCAUGGGAGGAGGUCUGGGAGGAAGCAGAGAAGAUGGAGGUGGGAGUGGGGGAGGAGGGGGAGGAGGUAGUGGUGGAGGAGGAGGAGGAGGUGGAGUAGGAGGAGGUGGAGGAUUCCUGGGGCUAGGUUCAAGGCAGGACAAUGAGGAGACAAGAGGAGUGCUGGAGGGCGAAGCGGAUGACGACGAGGAAGAGGAGCAGGAGGAGGUGAGGAUGAGGGAAAACAGGGGGAGAGAGAGAGACGAAGACGCAGAGCAAGACAGCGGAGGGGGAGGCGAGGGGAGGGAGGGCGACGGGGGAGGGAGAGAACGUCCUCCAUCCUACCAGGAUGCAUUUUUCUUCCCUGUCCUCAUUAUUCACGGAGAGGAGAGCUGCCACGCCAGAGACGACAUGUGACGAUCAGAAAAACGAAAACAGUAAGAGCGAGCGAGUCGAGGGGAAAGAAAGAAACACUGCACGGGAGAGACGAGGGAAUACAAAGAUAAAAGAGACGAACGAGGGCGAGAGAAAAGAGUAUGUUGACCACAAAAUAAUGACAAAAUAAAAGUCCCAUCAAAGCAAAGGAGGUAAAAACAAAAAGGGUGUGUGGAAGACAUACAAAGAAAAAGAGCAGAGGGGGAAAGAAGGAUACAGAGUAAGAAAGAGGGAGACAAAGAAGUGUUUGAUCUGAAUAGAUGCAGUUUACGAUGUGAAAGGAAGGAGACACAAUGAUUCAGAGGAGCUGAUAGGGAGAUAAAAUGGAGUCUGGAGCCGAAGCAGGGGAGUCAUAGACUUUGCCGCACGGAGAUCGAGAGACACGACGAGGAAGAACGGGUACUCGGCAAAGAUGAAAACUUAGGAAUGUCUAUUUCCAGAUAUAUCUAUGCAAGACCAGGAGUGGGAGGAGUACCAAGUCUAAAAAUAGCAGGUUGGAGAGCAGAGGAGAGACUCCAAACCAGCUGAGUGAUGGCGGGUUUGUCUUUUUAAAAAAGAAACAGAAGUGCGGGGAGUUGCAGAAGGCCUGGAGCUUCGGCAGCGCUGAACUUGGGAUGCUAAAAAUACAUCUCAAUUAAAGAAGGAGAUGCAGUGAAAACAAAAGACAGAGUCCCUGAAUAUUUUAGUUUAGGGAGACACACAAGAGGACAAUGCGAUGCAGAGAAGUAGAAGAAGGGGAAACAAUGGCGGGCUUUUGUUAGGGUCAGAUGUAUGGAGAGUUAGAGUGCAGCAUAGAAACGAAAUCAUCCAAAAGUGGGGCUCAAGAGGAGGAGAAAAGAGAGUCGAAGGACAGACACCGUUGGAGCAGCAGGCCUGGCCAAGAAAUCCAAUCACGAAAUCUCAAAGACACAAUAAGUAACCGUGUAAAAACAGCUUCUAGUCAUUAGUCGUCUGCCUCAGAUCUCACCUGUAAAGGUUUACACUUCAACUUCAAACAGCAUCUGUCUGCAAAUGUACCAGUAGAUCAAAGAGAACCAUUGAUUUCCUCCCCGUCUCUUCAUCCUGUCUUACUCCUCACCUCUCCAUUAGCCUCCACACCACUCUAUCCAUUACUGGUGUAGAGCUGAUAGAAAAAAAAGAAACUCCAUAAACACAGGAGCAGAUGCUUCCUCUACCUCCCAUCUUUACCCUUCUCCUCUUUUCUCACGCUACCUUCUGCUCUCCUCCCUUUAUUUUGUCACCUCUUCCCCUCUCACGUCUUUAUUUUGCCGCUUUUUUCUAAAUAAGUAAGAAGGGGCAGAAACGCAAUCACGAGCAACAGAUCUGUUGUGCAUCUUUUUUUUUUAACGCAAUUAGCACUUGUUGUGUUGUAAGUGAAGCGGGAGGGCGCCGCACCAAAAUAGACUCGCAGCAUCCAUCAUUAACUUCCCCUCCUCUCUUCCUCUGCUGCCAUCUCCUCUGCUCCUCCCUUUCCUCAUUUUUUAAAGUGGUCGACUGUGAGAUACCUGGAAGUGCUCAGAUCAGAUUUCAUCUCCGCUAACUCCACAUAUCAGCUCUCCUCCAGGCCCAGGUUUCUCGUCUACAAUCAGAUGUUCCCCACUUGAACCAAGCUAUUUUAUGUCAGAGAUGUAGACUCAGAUCUGAACAAAUGAUUUGUCGAGGGGAGAAAGUUGUGGAAAUAAUUGGCCUAUAAAGAAAACAUAGUAUGUGAUUUUCCCACACAGUUAAAGGGGGAAAGGAUACUCCAGUUUUCCUGUGUGGUAUACUCUAGUUUAACAUUCUUGCCCAGAAGAAAGAAGAAACACAAUUAGCAGUAAACCAUCAUAUGAUAUACUAUAUAUUACACUACUGUAUGUGUCAAGGCAUGAAAAUCUCCUCUGUAUCUCACUUAACGUCCGUAAUUUGGACUGCAUGAGAAGUAAAAUCUUAAUCCGCCAUCCUCUGCCCGCAAAAUGUACAGCGAAAAUCCGACAUCUGCUUUGUGUUUUUAGUGCAGAUUAAAAAGAAAUUACACUUUUGAAAUAAAAUGCCAUCUCGAUUAAAAACAGGCUGUACUGCAUCCGGAUACUUUUGGCCAGAAUCUGCCAUGCUGCUACCUCCUCCUCUUGAAAAAAUAAAAAAAUGAAAAUAACACAACACACCUGCAGAGAAAUUACAAAUGCUCUCUAAAACAUCGCCUCGCCGUGUGAAAAACGAUCGCUGGCAAAGAGAUGCAUGUCACCGAAUAAGUGCUAGUGUGCAGGAGCUACUAAUAGCUGCGUGUCUGCAAAUAUGUCUGCCAUUGCAAAAUGCAGUGCCAAAACAACACUGAUCGAAAAAAACAACAUCAAAUAUUCCACACAUAUGUAGGCGAGCAUGGACUUCAGAUCCACAGGGAUUAAUUUGUCCUACUUUCUAAGUAUGUUUCUGUGGGAAAUCAGUCCAAGGAGAGCCAAUUGGCACAGAAAACACAACCAUUAGUGCUUUGAUGCAUAUAUGAAAACAAAGCACAUUAAACCUGCUACAGUUAGAGUAGAUCGCAUUUGUUAACCCUUCCUUAUCUAGUGCCCACAAUGGUCACUUCAGACGUAGUAACGGUCAAAGGCCUUCCCUCGUCCUCUAUCUGCUUACUCGGACAUGACACUGAAAAGCACACAGAAAAGACAAGAAAUCUCUUACCUGAGAGGUUUUCUAAAAAUAGAGAAGCUCUGAUGCUUGUUAGACUUCAUAGAUAGAGAUAAUGGACAUGUAAAUGGACAUACGAACAGGAAUGUGGACAGUGGAACAAGAACCUGGAUUCAGCAGAGACAGCAGGGAACCUUUUUUUUUUUUUUUUUUUCAGUGAAACUUUCUGUAAGAUAAAGUAGAGCGUGAGCGAGCGCUGACCUGGUUUGGUGUAACACACACACAGACACACACACACAUUCACACACUGAUUCCAGCUCAAGAAUUUUCUGUAGCUCUGGGGGACAUCCAGCUGAACUGGGCACACGACAGCUAACGGACAAAAGUAAUUCAUGGAGGAAAAAACUGAAAACAAACGGCGACAAGGACAAGUGUUUCUAUGUGAGUGAGGAAGUGGACUUGAUCGGACCGCAAAGUAGGAAAACGUGAGAUUAAAAGACACUUAUUUUUACAGUUAUUUAUCAUUAUCUCAGUCUCUCGUGGACUUGUGGAUAACAUUGUCUUCAUUACUUGUCCCUCAACAAAAGAAGCACUAAAAAAAAGCACUGACCACACUUCUGUUCUUUUGAUUUCAUUGUAAGCUGUGGCUUUCACUAUCUUAAUUUCUUUCUCUUCAGUUGUACAAAUAUGGUUUUAAAGGUUCUGUUUACGUGUAUAAUCCAUCAAAAGGUCAGACAUUUGAAAUCACAAGACGUGAGCUCCAAUGUAAAACCUGACAGCUUUUACAUUUCUAUCCUGAUGCUUUGCCACCAAAACAAAACAAGAAAGUACAAUUCAGUCUGUAAUUUGCUACUUUUAUAUCUUUAGACUUCAUUUCACAUGUUUAAGUAAUGUUUAAUAUCAAUAUGCCUUUGUAAGCUUAAGCUGUUUUUAGUUUUGUUUUUGAUUUUGUAAUUUUUUAUAAGUUGCGGACAUUGCUCCUGGUCUGGAAACCUCCAGUUUGGACUGAAAAAGGGUGCCUGGACUCAGUUACGUUUGUUUGGAAGUUGAACUUCCUUUUUUUUUUUUUAAAUCUAUUUAUUCAUUUCUAACAGAUAAGUGUAUUUCACUCAUUUGUGUUUGUUGCUGGAUAUUUAUACGCUGUGUUAUUAUCUCCGAGUGUGUCAGAAGUGUGUCCUUCAGGCGUGCCAAGAGAACUCUGUGCCCAUGAUGUCUUACACACACACUCAUGCUCACUUGCAUGUUCAGCCACAUCAGUAAAGCAGCCAUUAUAACAGCUUAUUAGACUAUAGUGGAGUUAUUCCAAUACCGAUAAUAACACCACUCAUACACAGUCUCAUGCACUCACACACUGAAAGCAUGGAGCCGUCCUGCUACGUUGCCUUUGUGUCCGAUGUUGCCAACUCUUACGCUCAGGAUUUCAGUUAAUGCUGCACUCCUGUGUCAACACAAGCUCUCUUUCAUAGGGUACCAUCCACACGCCAAAGCAAAAAAAAAGAACCACAGCAACAUGCACACAAACACAAGCUCGCUGCACAAAGGAUUUUUACAAGAGGUGACGAAAAGGUGGGUUACAAAUUUAUGUUAUUCUCAUUGCAGAAAAGCAGCUUGUGUAAAUCCACUCAAAAUAUACUCGAGGAUGUAUGUUCAGUUGGGUUUUUGUCCACUAGGUGGCAGUAGAGCCUUAUUUUUGUGCAGAUUUAACAAGGAGAGCGUUUCAAGGGUAAACCAAAAGUGUUACAGACAGGGUAGAAAACUGUUGCUGUGCUGCUUUCUUAUUGGCUAAAUCUUUAUUUUAAUUCACAUCUGCACCCACUUGAAUUAAAGACUACAGAGAGCAGUGCAGCUCUGUGUGAUUGUGCAUGCAUCUUCUCCACUUUUCUUCAUUUUUCUUUCCUUUUUAUGCGACUGAAUGUGUUCAAAGCAGUGCUGCUCAUCGCCCUGCUUUAUUGUCAGACUUGUAUAUGUUGCUGAGCAGCUUUCUGAACUUAUAACCACAAUCAACGGGAGCUUCAGUUACUGGGAUGACACCCCUCAGCCUCCAUUCCCACUGCUGGGGUCAUUGUCAGGCUGUUUCACUUUCCAUGCCUCAAUAUAAUACGGGAAGAGGGAGGUGGUUGUUUUUUGAUCAGUGAAUUACUUUUAGAAGAACUCACGUUUUUCUUGUGCCCAAAAUCAGCCGAAAUACAGUUUCUCUGUUUUGUGCGAGCACAUUUCCACGUUUUUAUCGACAUCAUCACUUGACUAUCUUAUAAAUGCUCUAUGACCGAUGUAUUGUCAAUACUGUUGCUGUUUCUCUUGUGGUCAUGGGAGGAGAGGAGAUGUCAUACUGAGUUUGUCCAACACUGUAAAAAACAUGUCAAGAUUUGGUCUGACAUGAAACCCCGGGAAGUCCAGCUGCAUUGUUUUUUUUUUUUUGUUUGUUCGUUUUUUAAAAGAGAAUUAAAGCCACUUGAAUAGAAAACAUUAAUUACAAGAGGGAGAUUUUUUUUAAUUUUUCAUUUCUGAAUUAAAGUUGAAAAUUUAAAAAGUUGAAAUUUCGAUUUUAUUCAUGACGACUUUAAUCUCAAAAUUUCGAUUUUAUUCUCAUACAUUUUUAAAAAAAAUUUAAACAUUAUUCACGACAUUUCGACACUUUCUAAUCUCAAAAUUUUGACUUUAAUCUUGAACAUUUUUUAAUCUCAAAAUUUUGACAUUAUUCACAUUAGUUCGACACUUUAUCUCAAAAUUUUGACUCUAAUCUCGAAAUUUCAAAUUUUAAUCUCAAAAUUUCAACUUUAUUGACAUCAUUUUGAUUUUUUUAAUUUUUUAAUUUCUACUUCAAUUUCGAGAUUUCAACUUUAAUUUUGAGAUUUCGACUUUAAUCUCCUUCUUGUAAUUAUUUUCUUCUCCUCAUGUGGCCCUAAUCUUCUUUCGUAAUGAAUUCUUUCAAGUAUUUAGCAGCAAACAGACAUCGCGGUCAUGUUUCCAACUCAGAUAUUGUCCCAUUUUGACAUUUUGCUGACAAAAUGAAGACAAAUUUAACCCCACAGCUUAAUGAGUUGGUUUAUCAAACAAACAUCCACCACAAAUUAAACUGAGUUAGUCUUUGACUUCCACAAAAGUGAAUUUCCCUUGCUGAUCAUUUUUUCCUCAGAGCUAAAAAACUGCAGCACCUUUAAGAUGGACUAAAUGCAGAUUUUAUUGUGCAGAAAUUGUAUUUUCCUGAUCCCGUUUCUUGUAUUUAUGUGGUAAAUGUAGUCGUAUUUGCACUGAAUAACAGGCAGCUGUCAAAGGCGGUGACAAAAUGUUGCAUGUUUCUUAAUGCAAUAGCAUGUUGCCGCCUUAUGCACAAAAUACAUAAAGAAAAUAACAUCAAAACAAUGACGAAGUAAUCAGUGGACAAAUGCCUGUGUUACCUGAUUAUUAUUGAGCAUUAACAUUUUAAAAUAAAGCUAUAACCCAAACAGAUCAAUGCAACAGGAGACCUCUCCCCCCUCACAUUCAACCUCAGAGGAUCACACUCUGUUUCCCUCUCGCUGAGUCUUUAAUGCAGCUGGAUUACCUGCGCUCUGUCAAACAAAUGAAUUGUUACCGCAAUGUAGAUGUUAUGUACAUGCAGCCUCUAUGGAGCUCAAACAAUAAUGUCACGUACAAUGCAUUAUUGUCUUACACAGUGAUGUGUAAAGCCAGGAAUGGGCUUUCUGUUCAAGCACCGUCGAGCAAAAUGUCCUCAGUAUUUAAGCUAAUUAAUAUGUAACUGAUAACCAGAUUGUCAAUAUCACACCAGAUUCUAGCUGUUGUCACUGGCCUGUUAAGAUAAUGUAAUUAUUUCAUUUGGAUGGAGGGUGACGGUGAAGGUAAUGGAGCUGGUGGCAAUAAUACUGUUAACUGAUGCCAUCCUGGCGAUGAUGAUGAUCAUUAAUUAUUGUGGAAGAUACAAAUAAAGUCAAUCUGCUUGGUCUACCAGGACUGGACUGCUGGGAUUUUUUUUCACAUUUAGAAAUGAGCAGAUAAUGGGG